AAAGGUCUCAUCCUGGAGGAGACAAGAUGUAUCUACUCUGGGUUCUCCCUCUUUUGAUGGGGGUCCACUCCAGGAAUGCGCCACAAAACAAGUCUUGCGUGUUAGGCUGCAGAUGCCCUUUGGACCUAAAAGUCAUUUGCAAACAUGCUAGCCUCACUAAUCUGUCCAUCAGCCUCCCCCCACUCACGGAAGAUCUGGACUUAUCCAUGAGUCAGCUGAUCUCUAUCCCAUCAAGGGCCUUCCAGACCACUCGCCGACUCCGCAUACUGAUUUUAAACAACAACAAUAUCAAGGCGUUGGCCAACGGAGCCUUUUCACCACUGGAGAGGCUUCACAAGCUGGACUUGAGUCAGAAUUUGAUCUCCUUCCUGAAUGAGAACAUCUGGAUGGACUUGGGCUCUCUGAAGGAGCUCCUUCUUACGCACAACAAGCUGACCAACCUGGACAGCCGUAGUUUUUAUCACCUGGACACGCUGCAGAGGCUCAACCUGAGUCACAAUGAAAUCAACGCCAUCCAAUCACGUGCGUUCGGCAGUAUGAGCACCUUGCGGCAGCUGCACCUGGACAACAAUAACAUUACUUCACUCAAAAACGGCAUGUUCUCCAUGCUCCGUUCCCUGGAGGUGCUGAAUCUGAGAAACAACAGCAUCAUGUUCGUGGAAUUUGGAGUAUUCAGCCCUCUCACCAGCCUGGCGUUACUUGACCUUGCUCAUAAUCAGUUAAAAACCAUCUACUUCAAGACUUUCCUGAGUCUCAACACCUACAGCACCCACAUCAUGCUAGAAGGUAAUCCCUGGAACUGCGACUGCGAUCUGCAGAGAGUGUUCUGGAAGUUGUGCGAUGUAAAGAGGCUCUUCCUGGAUGACUACCACAACCUGACAUGCAAGGAACCUCCUUUACUCACGGGCCAAAGCCUGAAGCAUGUGGAAACUCAGCUGUGCAUCGCUGAAACUGUCACCGUGCUCAUCAUUACAGUGACCGUGGUCAUCACGGUGCUGGCUGCCAUCGUCAUGGCAGAGAGGAAGAGAAAGAGACAGGGUCAAGAUAAGCACUGGACAGAGGGAAGUGAUUUAUCCUGCGAUUCACAGAAUUAAACAGGGUUUGAUUUAGGCAAACCUCCGUUUGCUCGACACUGAAAGUGUCCAAUUCCAAACUGGAGAGUUUUACAGAUCCUCUGAUGUUUGCUUAUGUUCCUGUGCCUCCAG